AGGGGGUACCCAGGGACCGGGAUGGGGAGCGCAGAGGGACCCCAGCCCCGCUGCAGCGUGGGGGUCUCAGGCACUCGGGGUCCGUCCCUGUCCCCUCUCCCACCCCAUCCCUGGGCAGGGAAGGCGAAGGAGCCGUCGGGGAGCGCCCCUGGAGCCCGGGACCCCCCAGAAUUGGGUGGAAAAGGGGGAAAGGGUGAAGAGGCAGCAUGGGGGACAGCGGGGCCCCCUCGGCGUGUCCCCGGCAGGACGGGGACGCAGCGCUCCCGGAACGUGGGGACGGUGGAGCCGAGAGCCCCCGGAAUUCCUCGGCUGCUCCCGUGGAUUCCCCGAGCCCCAGCGAGGCCCCGGCCCUGGACGGUUUCCCCCUGAAGCAUUCCAACACCCUGACCAACAGACAGCGAGGCAACGAGGUGUCAGCACUGCCGGCCACACUGGACACGCUGUCCAUCCACCAGCUCGCUGCCCAAGGGGAGCUCAUCCAGCUGAAGGAGCACCUGAGGAAAGGUGAGAAUUUGGUGAACAAACCCGACGAGAGAGGCUUCACCCCCCUGAUCUGGGCUGCAGCUUUCGGGGAGAUCGAGACCGUGCGGCACCUCCUGGAGUGGGGCGCCGAUCCCCACGCGCUGGCCAAGGAGCGGGAGAGCGCGCUGGCCCUGGCCAGCAUGGGCGGCUACACCGACAUCGUCACCAUGCUGCUGGACAGGGACGUGGACAUCAACACCUACGACUGGAACGGGGGCACCCCCCUGCUCUACGCCGUGCGCGGGAACCACGUCAAGUGUGUGGAGGCCCUGCUGGCGUGCGGCGCUGACCUGACCGAGGAGGCAGACUCAGGGUACACCCCCAUGGACCUGGCCGUGGCCUUGGGACACAAGAAAGUCCAGCAGGUUAUCGAGAACCACAUCCUGAAGCUGUUCCAGAACAAGAAGAGGAAGAAGUGAGGCAGCAGCUCCAGCUCUUCCCAGCAUCACCGUGGCCUCAUCCCAGCACCCCAGGCAUGGAGAAAUCCAGGAAUUUCUGCCCUCGUGGAGCCCAAGCCUCUCCCUGGCUGCCAUGCCUAAAACCCAGGGACACUCACUCCAGCCCUGGCUGGACUCAGCAGCUCCGUAUUGGAAGUAAACUUUAAUUGCAAUUAAACUCUGUUUAAUUAAAAUCCCA